AUUCAAAUUAAUCACUCAAUUGACUUGGACAUUUGAGGUCAAUCGUUCGGUUGAGUUUGACAUUCAAACCUGGGUGGGGUUGGUGUGGCGGGGGUUGACGAUUCGUUUAGAGUAGGGCUGGUGCCCGGUGGAUAGUUGUUGUUGAGGCUUAGUGGAGUCACACCGCCGCGCCAAACCCAUCGUUCGCUACAUAGUGCUAUUUACCUAGUUAUUUACAAAGUGUUUAAAAGUGACAUAUGUGUGAACUACAGUGUGUUAAUUAUUAUUCGAAGUGGAAAUAUUGGGUGCAAUAAAUCAUGUGAUUAGCUUCUCGCGUUUAUUUGCCCGAGUACCCACAAUUAUGCAAUCGGAUCAAGAAGAAGAACUCGCCCACGAUAAUGAGGUGCCACUUCGGCCUCCGUUAUAUUUAUUAAAUGCUCGUCAAAUGCGGACAGAAAAUGGCAGCUAUUUUCACAACCCGGGAACCGAACCCCUAACCGUUGCGACUUUGGGCGAUGUGAUAGCUGAAACUGCGCAUAAAUACCCUGGGAGAGUUGCCGUGCGCUCUGUUCACGAGGACUUGACUAUUACUUAUGAAGAACUGCUAAAUCAGGCAGACUCCUUGGGAUGCGCACUGAGAGCACAAGGUUUCCAAAAGGGGGAUCGUCUCGGACUUUGGACACAUAAUUGCAUUGGUUGGGUUGUCGGUUGCGUAGGAGCCGCUCGAGCUGGUCUUAUAUCGGUUCUAGUCAACCCGGUGUAUGAGAAAGCAGAACUACGCUUUUGUAUUAACAAGACAAAGUUAAAAGGUCUAAUGAUAGGCGACACCCUCAACAACAGAGAUUACUACGGCAUGCUGAGCACACUUAUCCCAGAGUUGCGAACGUCAAAAGAAGGAUUUUUAAAGUCCAAGGAUUUUCCAAACCUCACCUCGGUCAUUAAUGGUGGAAAGGAAAAAUUCAGUGGCGUUUGCUCAAUUGGUACCCUGAUAAGUAAUCACAAAAACAAUGCUGACAUAACAAAGUAUGGAAGUGAAAUAACACCUGAAGAUGGGUCCCUGAUUCUAUUGACUUCGGGCACAACUGGUGAACCAAAAGCUGGUCUCGACUCGCACAUAGGUGUUGUGAACAAUGUAUACUUUUCUGGAAUUCGUAACAGUUUUAACGAAGGACACCCGGUUGUAUGUAUACAGGUGCCAUUGUUCCACGCGCUAGGGGCUAUAGUGACACUUUUGUCUAGUUUGCGACACGGAGCCACAGUUGUAUUAGCGUCACCUACGUACAACAUUGCAGCAAAUGUUGACGCAUUAUGUGCUGAAAAAUGCUCAAUUAUAACGGGAACUCCGACUAUGUAUCUGGAUAUGCUACAAUACGUGAAGCGGAAGGGCGAACUGCCUAUAAAUUUACGCGUAGCUCUCGCAGCGGGUGCUCCUUGCAGUCCGCAGUUAAUCCGGCAAAUCAAUGCACAGCUGAAGGUGGAGUCUGUCAAGGCUCUGUAUGGAUUGUCAGAAACUACAGCUUGUGUGUUUCAAUCACUGCCAGAAGACAGCGUGGAGGUUGUCGCAGAGACGGUUGGUUACACAACCGACCAUUGCGAAGUUAAGGUAAUUGAUGAUAAAGGAAACAUCGUACCAUUCGGAACUGCCGGGGAACUGAUGGUCAGAGGAUACAAUACCAUGAUCGGCUAUUGGGACGAUCCGGUGAAAACCAAGCAGACUUUAAGAGAUGACGGUUGGCUGCAUACUGGUGACAAAUUUACUUUAUCUGAAGCUGGAUAUGGAAAAAUUGUUGGUCGUCUGAAGGAUAUCAUAAUCCGUGGAGGUGAGAACAUUGCACCUAAAGAAAUUGAAGAUCUCAUAAACACACAUCCAGAUGUAAUCGAUAGUCAGGUUAUUGGAGUAUCAGAUGAGAGAUUAGGGGAAGAACUCUGUGCAGUAGUCAGACUCCACGAGGGAACUGCUUUCACGAUACAAGAGUUAACAAACCACUGUAAGGGAAAACUUGCUCGUUAUAAAAUUCCAAGAAUGCUCAAAAUCAUGGAUGAUUUCCCUAAAACUGUGUCUGGUAAAAUACAAAAGUUUAAAAUAAAAGAAUUAGUUGAAUCUGGUAAAGUAUGA